GGCUACCAUCCGCCAUUUGAUUGGUGGAAUAGCUGUCACGGCCGUUACUGCGCGCAUGCGUAAUCCACGGGGACGCUCGAAUGUUGCUUUGCCCUGGUAACUGGCUCUGUUUACAUGGCACCGCUGUGCUUGACCGUAGUGUUCAAUUCACACACACACACUGACAGUGGAUCAGCGGCGAUACACCUGGGGAAGACGCUACCAUGCCGGUACAGUUCAAGGGUUUGUCGGAGUAUGACCGAAAUUACACAUGGAAAAACCACGAAGACUUAGAGCAGGAACCCACUUGCUCAAGAUGGGCAGGCCUUCGAUCAGAUGAACUUGGUAUUUCUAAAGAACCCCGAUUCCCUUCAAAACGUCGAGUUCCAUAUUACAAGGCACAAAUUUCUAAAUCAUUCCAAUGGAAGGAGCCAAGAGACAACGGAUAUAAUAUAUCUGAAUCUAUAAUGGAGGAACCUGUACAGUUAAGACUUGAUCUGGACAGAGAAUCUUUGGCUGAAGAGAAAUUACAUACACCAGAUGCACCACGGUUAUCAGAAAAGGCAAACGAUUAUGCCGUGUCUAGUAAAAUGGUUAAAGAUGUUGGAUCUACAGUAAAAAAAACAGCAAUAGAAGCUCCUGAAGAUAACAGAGAAACAGUAGCUCCCUCAAAAAAAGUAAAUUCCCAGGCAAAAGCCAAUGGGGUUCACAGAGUUCUGAAGAAGAAAGCUGGGUUGAGCACAGCUCCUUUACAGCAUCCACUUAAGAUGUCGGAGUACAGAAGGCAGUUUGAAAGAAAGACUCCUACAGAAAACUCUCCGAUGCUUGCUGCAGAACAGGUUAUAUACAACAAGAACAAAUCAAUCCCACCAUUUAAUGUGGAUGCACUUAAGACAGAGACUGAAUACAAAAGCCGGUUUAAAGGGUCUCCACCUGCUAAAGGUCCAGUGUUGAGGAAGGAUUGGGAAGAAAAACAUGUACCUAAAUAUGAACCAGAGGACCCCUCCAUUAAGAGAAAGGAAAAAAGGAUACAAAUAAAUGAGGCAAUAUGCAGCCCUCCAAAGAAUGACAAAUCCGAAACAGAAGCAAAGCAAAGGAUCCAUGCUAGGAAACAUAAAGAAAAAGUUAUUCAGCAACUUAAGCAUUCUUCCAAAAGCUGCAGGAGAAUUAAAUCAGAGUAUACUUCAAACUUUUUAUCACCAUCUGAAUAUUUAUACAAAGAUGGAGCUUGGGUGAGGGCAAAGAAACAAAUGCAUGAGCAGGAUUCUCAUCUCCCUCUAGGCGCCCUGUGGGUUGCAGAGAUAAAUGAAUUACGAGAGAAGGCUGACUAUUACAGACGUCGUGAACAGGGAACUCACUUCUCCCGGAAUCACUUGAAUCAGAUACUUUCUGUAAACAAUAAAUUCUGGGAUGUGUCUUCGAAUUCUAGCAGCGAGGAGCAAGUGAGCCACAAUAUAAAAGCUCUAGAUCUGGCUGGAUUUCAGGCGCAUUCGAAGAAGGAAAAUGUGCACAAAUCCUCCAUAGAAGAGAAUGAAGAUACUGGGACUCUGGGGAUUUCUGAUGUUCCCACUGUCCCAGUUAGAAGAAGGCUUGUUUGGGAUGAAAAUAACAAUUCAGAACUGGCACAAGAAAGAGCAGCACUGACAGUGGAGGAUAAAAAUGUGGAAACAACAGAUGCUGACGUGGUAGAGGAUGCAGAGGAGAUGCAUGCUAUUAGUGAAGAAGUGAAAAGGCCUGAUAGACUGCAUAGUACAACAACAAAUCCUUCAGUGGAUGGGCUAGAAUGCAUCUCAUUGCCUUCAGAGGAAGGUGGCCGUUUACCCACUCCAAAACUGAAAGAAUUUGGAUUAUCACAGAGGACUCAUCAUGAUCGCACCACACCAUCCACAGGAGGGGCUCUUUUAGUUUCUCCAAUGAAAGAACAUUUACACACACCUGAAGAUAAGAAAAAAGGUUACUUUGUUAGUAGCACACCUCCAAAGAAAGCUGUCUGCAAGAAGGACAUCAAAACCAAGCUCAUCAAGGAUAAAGAACUAACUGGCACACCUAACACAUCACCACCUGUUGCUGGUAUUAGAACAGUAGAUCCGCUACCUCUAAGGGAGGAUCCAUGGCCAAUUGCAUACAUUUCAAAUACUUCUUCUCCUCCAAGAGUAACUGUUCCAGCAAGCAAAUCCCCUGAGCCAAGAGCAUAUGUGUCCAUGUCACCACUUUGGAACACGUCAUGUCGAAUACAAGGAGCACUUAGGGAUCCAGAGUUUCAGCACAAUGGGAACUUUGGCUCUCCUGGCCUCCAUAGAACAGCAUACUCUGAUGACUGUAGUAUUGACGAUGACAGACUUUCCCAAAUCUCUGAAAGGUCUGCAGCUACAGGUUCUUUGGCUUCCCAGGUCCUGGAGCGUGCACAAAGAAGAAAAGAAGAUUUCUGGGGCAAGAAAUGAAAUAUUUUUUAUUGAGUUGUAAUAAUGUAUGUACACUCUGUAUUUUUUCAGAUACUGCUGUGUUACAAAAUUAAUAUAAAUAGAAUUUCCUCCAUUUUUGUUUUUUCUAAUUUCUGUUUUGUUCCUUUCUCUUUUAAUGUUGUGAACUUUUUCAUUUGAUUGUAUUAAUGUUGGUUAGAUAAGCACAGGUAUAGGAUGUUAUUCAGAAUGCUCAAGAGCUGGUGUUUUCUGAUAAGGUAUCUUUCUAUAAUUUGGGUUGCCAUACCUUUAGUCUAAUCAUUCAAACAUUAAAUAACCCCAAUAGGAUUGUUUUGCCACCAAUAUGGAUACAUGUAGUUAAGUUAGGAUCAAAUACAAUGCACUAUAUUGCAUUAUUGCAAAAAAAAUAGAAAAUAAUUUUUAUAAAUUAGAACUAUAACUAUCUGCUAAAUAUGGACUCUAUAAGGGAUGGCCUUCCCGUAACUUCCAGAUAAGGGAUCCCAUACCUGUGCAAUAUGAAUCAAAAAGUGUUUGUCGUGCAGAUAAAAGGAACACUGCUAGAAAGAUCAAGUUUCAUGCCAGACUGUUUUUCCAGCAUGUCUGUCUCUACCAUCUCAAACUUAAUUGAGCAGGAUAUGCCCACUAGACCCAGUAUUGGCACUUUCCAACAGGGAGGUGCUAUAGUAAAGGUUUAAGGCUCAAGUGAGCAUUUCAUGCUGAAAAUGGUCAGUAAUGGUGCUUUUAUUGAAGUGAAUAGGAGGUUCAGGGGCUGAAAUACACUGGGAGGGAUUACACCCUAUUAAAAAGACUAAAUAGUUUCCUAGAAUGAAUAUAAGGGCACAAUAUUAACUGUAUCUCUGAUUGUAUAUAUUUUAUAGCAAAAAGUGUUGUUGUCAAAAAAUAAGAUAAGUAAGUGUAACCCUUUAAAGGCAAACAGCAGUAAUCUCCUAACCACUGCUCAUUUGUUACCUGUCCCAAUCAUAUAGUCACAUACUCCCUAUGUGCAUGAAAUGUACCCUACCUCAUACAGAACACUCUAACACGCUUAUAGCAUUUCAAGUCCAGCAUGCCACAUGAUCAUAUGGUUGGGAAGAUCUUAGAUAUUUUACAUGUGCAGUCAGCACUUGACAGUGAAGAUCACUAUUGUAAGGAAUCUCAGACAGUACGAUGGUGGCUGCAAAGGUUUAUGUGGAAGGCUACUUUGGUUGGAUGGUUUUAGGAACGCAACAAAUCCAGAAUUCGAUUCAGGAUUUGGCCAAGAUUCUGCCCUUUUCAUUAGGAUUCGGAUCCAGUCAAAUCCACAUGUCUGGCCGAACUGAAUACUUAAAAUCACGUGACUAUUUGUAAUAUAAACACAAAAGUGUUUUUGUCACAUAAACCCGGUUCUCUUUAUCUGUGGCCUUAUUUCCAUAUGCAAAUUCGGAUUUGGUUCAGUAUUUGGCUGAAUCUUUCACAAAGGAUUCGCGGUUCGGCAAGAUCCCAAAAUAGUGUAUUUGGUGCAUCCCUAAAUGAUUAUUUCAUGUAACAAUUUAAUAAGGAAAAAUACAUUUACCAAUGACACUCUUAACUAUUGACUGCUGUGAAAAUGUCUUUGCAGUCCUGACUGGCUUUUCUUCCUCUUUAAAUGGCUGCAUCAUUUCCUAGAUGAAACUGAGAGCAGAAACUUAGCACAGUAAAUAAGCUAGCCAUUUUGACAUCAGUGUCAACUGUUCCUAAUUUAUUACAAAAGUAAAAUAACUUUGUAGAUCUAUUAAAAAGGCAGUAGCUAGGGACUUUGUAGCUGAUUUGUGAGAUAGAAGAAUAAUUAGUGCACUUAAUGGUGUUUCGGCAAGCACAGCUGCUUGAAAUGGGCAAACUUAACAAAAUAAAUAAGGAACAUUUUUGUUCCCUAUAUGGCUGAACAUAGCAUAAACAGUAAGUGAAGCAAAUACAGCACUGUAUUGCCAUAAAGAGUAAUUAUGUUAUGAUAAAUAAGCACCAUAAUAUAUUACUAUAAUACAUAAGAGCCAUGAAUAUCCUGUAAAUGAUAUCCUUAUAAAUGGUACAUGGUGAUGUCAUUGCUUUUAAUCAGUGCUUAGUGAUGUCAUUUCUGUCACAUGGCUAACUGAAACUUGUGUAUUGUAAUAAAUAAUGUACUGCUGUUUUAAAAUCUGAGGAUAUUAGAAGUCACCUCGGAGCUUAUAGUAUUAUAUAAGUGCUUACAGAACACCUUGGUCACUUAUAAUAUCCUUGUAUUUUCCAAUAGGGGGUACAUGUUUUACUACAUAAAAUAUAUAGGGAAGGAAAUAGGUUGACCCUUUCCAGUGUACACUAUUCAAGCUGUUUAACCAUGUUGUGUGGUAAUUAAAAUAAUUCUUCUAACAAUGAACCCCCCUAACUGUUUCUAGAAUUUAAAGCAUUAUCACCUUUUAGCAAAAGGCCAUUUGGUCAACACUCAAAUUGAAUACAAAAAGAACAAGAGAGCUUAUUAUUAGGUUGCAAUUGUGUUCAUGUAAAAUAAAAUAUAAUAUCAUUUAAUUAUUCUACAGUUCAUACUUCUACUUAUAAAAAGAUGAAGUUGGUUAAAAAAAAAAAAAAAUCUAGGCUUACUGAAAGGAAACUUAGUACUGAACAACAUGCUAAGAAGGAAGAUUUACUUGUAAAUAUGUACCUGUGCCUAGAAAACAGGAUUGCUAACCUUGUCUGCUCUAACCAUACCAGCCCACAAGAGAAAAUGAAACUACCUUAAACUAUCCUCUUUAUAUGAAUGCGGUCAGUUUGAAGAGAAAAGCAGUCGUGUGGCAGGUUUUGCUGACAGUACUUGGUAAAAUUCCCAUGAUGACAUUUUAAAGUGAUUUAUUGCAUCAGUUGCGUAAACCUUUCUGAUAGUUUGCUCUGUAGAAUCACAUUCUGGCUGCUGAAUUUCCAAAGUGCAUUGCUUUCAGCUAAAAUGCUGGAACUUUUAUGCCAGCAAAUAUUAAUAUCUUGCAAUAUUCCUUUAAUGUGAAUUAGGUGUCUGCAAGGAUAUCAGGGAAAUGAAUCGCUGUAAUGCCAACAAAGCUAUUUCAACUUUUUAUAUAUUAUUCUUUCAUGUGACUUUUCAGAUGUAUUAUUUUUGUGAGUUUUGUACUUAAAAUAAAUGCUUUGUUUUCCA